GGUGACUCUCUUGGGCUUUAGAUCCUCAACUACCUUUCACCAUGACCACCAGCGUCAGGCAAUAUUCCUCGUCUACAUCCCUAAAGGGGUUAGGUGGAUUAGGUGGAUUAGGAGGUGGCUCCACACGGGUUUCCUCAGUGCAUCUUGGAGGUCCCUACAGAGCCCCAAGUAUCCAUGGGGGAUCUGGUGGCUUUUCUGUCUCCUCUUCUAAGUAUGUCUCUGGAGUAGGAAGUAGUCUGGGUGGUGGCUAUGGGGGAAGCUACAGUAGUAGCUUUGGAGGUGGCUAUGGGGGUGGCCUUGGAGGUGGCUAUGGGGGUGGCCUUGGUUGUGGCCUUGGAGGUGGCUUUGGAGGUGGCUAUGGGGGUGGCUUUGGAGGUGGCUUUGGCGGUGGUGAUGGCAUUCUCCCUGCGGGUGAGAAGGAAACUAUGCAGAACCUGAACGACCGCCUGGCUAACUACCUGGACAAGGUGCGUGCUCUGGAGGAGGCCAAUUCCGAUCUGGAGAUUAAGAUCAAGGAGUGGUAUAAGAAGCAGGGACCCGGGCCUGACCGUGACUACAGCCCAUAUUACAGGACAAUUGAAGACCUGAGGAGCAAGAUCCUUGCUGCCACUGUCGACAAUGCCAGCCUCCUCUUGCAGAUCGACAACGCUAGGCUGACGGCCGAUGACUUCAGAACCAAGUUUGAGACAGAGCAGGCCCUGCGCAUGAGUGUUGAGGCUGACAUCAAUGGCCUGCGGAGAGUCCUGGACGAGCUGACCCUGGCCAGAGCUGACCUGGAGAUGCAGAUCGAAAACCUGAAGGAGGAGCUGGCUUAUCUCAAGAAGAAUCAUGAGGAGGAAAUGAAUAUACUACGGAGCCAGCUGGGUGGAGAUAUCACUGUGGAGAUGGACGCCGCUCCUGGGGUUGACCUGACCAAGAUCCUGGCUGACAUGAGAGAGCAGUAUGAGAGCUUGGCAGACAAGAACCGUAAAGAGGCCGAGCAGUGGUUCUUCACCCAGACAGAACAGCUGAACCGAGAAGUAGCCAUGAACACGGAACAGUUGCAGAGCGGCAAGUCGGAGAUCACGGAACUAAGACGCACCGUCCAGGGCCUGGAGAUAGAGCUGCAGUCCCAGCUCAGCAUGAAAGCCGCUCUGGAAGGCUCCUUGGCGGAGACAGAAGCCCGCUAUGGCUCCCAGUUGGCACAGCUCCAGGGCCUGAUCACUAGCGUGGAGGAGCAGCUGGCUGAGCUCCGAUGCGACAUGGAGCGCCAGAACCAUGAGUACAAGAUUCUCGUGGACGUCAAGACACGCCUGGAGCAAGAGAUUGCCACGUACCGCCGCCUGCUGGAGGGCGAGGAUAGCCACAUUGCCUCCCAGUACGCUUCAGCAAAAGAAGUGUCCACGACCACCCGACAAGUCCGUACAAUCGUUGAGGAAGUCCAAGAUGGAAAGGUGAUUUCUUCCCGCGAGCAGGUCCAUCAUUCCCCCCGCUAAGACUACACACCACUCCACAGGCCCCAGUCCUGAGCACCUUGGAUGCAUCAAUAGAAAAGGAAAGAAGACUCCAGUCCAUGUGCUGUUGAUGUGUAAUACUGUCACCAAGGCUGUGUAGGUCUGGGCUCCAUUAGUGUGUUCCUUCCCUUUUCAUUCUGCCUCUGUCUCCCUCACCCUUGUCUGAGUGCUAUCCUGUGCUCUUCCCAUAAAUGUCAA